GAAUGAGUGCAGUUGCUUUCCUCUCAGUCUGAGAGGAAACUGCUGUUUUUUUAUUUUUCUUUUCUUUUUUUGUUUUGUUUUUCCUUCCCUUCGUGUGCCAGGCAUCAGUAGGAGACACUGCAGAUUUGCUUCCCUCUCAUCAUUUUUUUUAACCUCUCUUCUACUUCUCUUAUUAUUUUUGUUGCCAUGCCGGUAGUUGGUGUAGCUUCCAAGCUCAGGCAACCCUCUGCAGUGGGCACGAAGCCAGUGCACACCGCUCUCCCCAUCCCAAGUACGGUCAGAGCGGCCACCUCACAGGGCUACAUGGCCCGACAGCAGGAACUCAGGACAAGUGAAGGUGUCCCAGGGCUGUCCUGUCAGCUGUCAGUCAAGUCUGAAUACAAGCAGGAGAGGACCCCAGAAGGGAAGUCCAAAGCCGAGACGGAGGAGAGCAAGAUCUGCAAGAUCUACACAGACUGGGCCAAUCACUACCUGGCCAAGUCUGGCUGUCCGCGCCUCAUCAAGGACCUGAGCCAGGAUGUCACCGAUGGAGUCCUGCUGGCACAGAUCAUCCAGAUCAUAGCGAAUGAGAAGGUGGAGGAUAUCAAUGGCAGCCCCAGGAGCCAGUCGCAAAUGAUCGAGAAUGUGGAUGCCUGCCUCAGUUUCCUGGACGCCAGAGGAGUGAAUGUACAAGGGCUCUCAGCAGAAGAGAUCAGGAAUGGCAACUUAAAGAGCAUCCUGGGUCUCUUCUUCAUCCUGUCACGCUACAAGCAGCAGCAACAGCAACAGCAGCAGUACUACCAGUCCCUGGUGGAGCUCAGCCAGCAGACCAGCAGCACCGCACCGCCUGCCAGCAGCCACAAAUCACAAGAGAUGCAGUCCAGUCUCACAGCACGAUAUGCAAGUCCUCCGGGCCACAGUGGAAUAGGUUCCCCACAGAAGAAAAACACCAGGUUACCAGGGCCCUCCAGAGUACCUGCUGCUGGCAGCGGGGCCUCCAGGAGCCCAGGCUCAUCCAACCUCAACCGUCGGAGCCAGAGCUUCAACAGCAUCGACAAGAGCAAGCCUCUUCAGUAUGCCAGUGGCAACGAUAGAGAGGCAGUGAGGGGCAUCCCAGUACCUAGUGGGAUGAAUGGAAGCGGGAUUGGUGGCAUGGUUCCCACCAGCCUCAGUGGGCAGCAGCUGGCCUCUGCCAUCCCUUCACCCACAGCUGGCAAGUCCUGGCGCAGCAAGUCCAUGAAUCUCAAACACAGCGCAACUUCAUCCAUGCUGGCAAGCCCUACACACUCACCUUCCACCACCCCUUCACCGCAGGCCCUGGAAGGGGAUGGGUCAAAAGUAGGGUCAAGUGUUGCACCACCUCAGAGGUCAAUGCUGGAGAAAUUUCGGCUAAUUAACCCCCGAUCAGCUUCAAGAGCAUCGCCAUCUGUGGCUGAGAUGGCUUUGCAGGAGGAAGAUGACCUGUCAGAGUAUGGUGAAGAUGGAUUGACACCUACGGGGUCAGCGUGCAGCAGUGUUAGUAGCAGUGCUACAGCCAAACAAAUGGCUACAAAGACCCCUGCGUCGCCCCUCACUGCACCUAGCAAAACGUCCUCAUCUUCAUCCCCUUCAUAUUCAAAGGCUUCUGCCAGUGGCAGCAGGUCUGCGGCCUCCUGCAAAGAUAAGGAGGACAAAAGCAGGUCUGGUAAAUCUUGUAAGGACAGUUCUCCACCGAAAGAGGAGCGUGAUGUAUUUGCCGACUCCACAAAGAAGACCUCAAAAAUUGCCAGCCUCAUCCCUAAAGGAGGGAAGUCAUCAUCAGGGAAGAAAGAUGGUGGCACCCCCUCAGCUUCAAGUGGCAUCCCAAAACCAGGACUUAAAGCUCCCUCAACAACAUCAGCAAAGACGCAAAGUCAGUCCCAGACCCAAAGCCAGGCCACCUUAAACAGCAGCGGAAAUAUGCGGGGAGGAGAGGGAGAGAGAGCCAAGCUGACCAAAGGAGGUCAGAGCGGGAGUUUCUACAUCCAGCGCCCCAUGGGGGGCCCAGAGGGCAAGCGGACCAGCAUGACCUUGUCCACCAGUACCUCAGCCCUGUCUGGGUCCACUGUGGGAGGAGGUGGUGGAGUUGGAGGCGGAGGAACACCAGGAGGAAAUGGAGUAGUUCAGCUUCCCCAGCAGCAGCAGCACAACCAUCCCAAUACUGCCACCGUGGCCCCCUUCAUGUACAGGACAUUCUCAGAAAAUGACUGCACAAUGGUGGCCCCGGCCGACCCCUGCCUCAGCCCCACGAAGGGAGAGCUAGUCUACAGCAAGACAGCCAAACAGUGCCUGGAGGAGAUAUCAGGAGAAGACCCCGAGACGAGACGUAUGAGGACAGUAAAGAACAUCGCAGACUUACGGCAGAACCUGGAGGAAACCAUGUCCAGUCUACGAGGGACACAGAUCAGCCACAGUACACUAGAAACAACCUUUGACACAACAGUAACCACUGAGGUCAAUGGGCGGAGUAUACCUGCCCUCGCUGCACGCUCCUCCCCCAUGUCCUGGCGUCUGGGCCAAUCACAAACCCCACGUCUCCAGGCGGGUGACGCCCCCUCAAUGCCCAGCGGUUAUGCUGCACCCAGGGCGAGCACAACGGGCACAGGCACCACUACAGGGCGCUAUAGUGGGCACUCGGACCCCUCCAGAUACCUUACAGAUGGCAGCCUUCAUCUGUAUGCACGGAACACCGGCCGAGCCUCAGACGUACCUUCUUCUCGAGAAACAUCCCAAAGAGGAAGCAAAGAGAUGCAGGGUGACAUUGACAGUUGGGACGACAGCAGCUCAGUGAGCAGCGGCCUGAGUGACACGUUGGACAACAUCAGCACCGAUGAUCUGAACACACCUGCAUACUCCUGUGUCAGCUCAUCACGCAAAAGCAAGGGAGCACAGUCCCAAAAAGGAAGCAGAUCCAAGCAUGCGGAGCAGGAGGUGAGCAGCAGUUGGGCUGGAGCUGAGGACCUGAAGAAGGUGGAGGAGGAACUGGAUGCAAGCAUGGAUCCCAGCGGCGGCUCUUCUCGCUGGAAGCCCUCCUCAUCCUCCCCUUCCUCCCAAACCCAGUGCCAGUACGAGGACGCCAGUCAGAAGGCGGCUGCGCUGGCCCAGAUGUCCCAAACGGGUUCAUGGAGGAGGGGCAUGACAGCCCAGGUGGGCAUUACACCCCCCAGAUCCAAGGGGACCUCUGCUGCCCUGAAAACACCAGGCAAAACUGAUGAUGCUAAAGCCUCAGAGAAGGGUAAGGUGCCUUCCAAGAGCUCAGCGAGCAUCCAGCGUUCACCCUCAGAUGCUGGAAGGAGUAGUGGGGACGAAGGCAAGAAACCCCCUUCUGGCAUUGCACGCCCGCCCACCACAGGCUCCUUUGGAUACAAGAAGAUCCAAGGUCCCACUGGCACCCUAAUCACCUCCAGUGGUGCAACACUCGCCAGUGGCUCAGCCACUCUGGGCAAGGCACCCAAAUCCUCAGCUGCCAUCAGCAAAGGCGCAAGCAUCAGCGGUGUGCGGAAGACCAGUCUAGAUGGCUCACAGCCCCAGGAUGAUGGUAUUCUGCUCAGCUGCAGUGGCUCCAAAGUGACCCUGCAGUACCGCUCCCUGCCCAGGCCAGCUAAAUCCUCCAGCGGGGUGGCCGCAGGUCGCAGCGGGCAUCGCUCCAGCUCCAGCAGCAUCGACUCAAAUGUCAGCGGCAAGUCAGCCGGUGGAGCAGCGACACAAACGUGCGGUAAACGCAGGGACGGAAAAGUGGGCUCAGAACGCUCUAGUCCCAUUACCAUCAACCAGACAGAUAAGGAGAAAGUGGCGGUGUCAGAUCAAGACCCAGCAGCAGGACUAUCCACCUCCCCAAAGUCCAGCCCCACCUCCACUUCAGCAGGCCAGUCAGGCCUCAGGCAACCAGGCUCCAAGUACCCCGAUAUUGCUUCUCCUACCUUUCGCAGAUUGUUUGGCACCAAAGCUAGCAGCAAGGCCAGCUCUCCGGGCACGCCUGACUCUGGCAAGUGCCCCUCAAUACUGGGCAGCCCCCACGGCACACUGGCGAGACAAGCCAGUCUGGACUCGCCUUCCUCUGGCACGGGGAGCCUGGGUAGCGCUGGCGGCCUGAGCGGCGGCAGCAGCCCACUGUAUGGUAAAACCCCAGACCUGUGCACCGACUCCCCGGCCUCCAGCCCAGCCUCUGGCCUCUCCCUGCCCUCCAACGCUCGGCCCUGGCCUGCCUGUAGCUCAUCAGCUGGCAGCAAGGACACACUGAGCUGCCAAAGCAUGACCAGUCUGCACACCAGCUCUGAGUCCAUUGAUAUGCCGCUGGGCCACCAUGGGCCCAAGGUUACACGAACCGGCAGUGUCAAGUCCACCCUGUCUGAGGGCAUGCCUCUCGACAGAAACACACUUCCCAAAAAGGGACUGAGAUACCCUACCUCCUCUAGGCAGACAUCUCAUGAGGAAGGGAAGGAGUGGUUAAGGUCCCAUUCAACAGGAGGCCUUCAGGAUACUGGCAGCCAGUCCCCACUGUCUCCUCCUGGAGCCUCUUGCACCACCACAGGAAAAUACCACUACUCCAACCUCUUGAGCCCCACCAACAUCAGUCAGUAUAACCUGCCACCAGGCAGCAGCAGCAGCAUGAGCCGCUCCAACAGCAUCCCCACCCAGGACUCCUUUGACCUGUAUGGAGAGGGUCACCCACUCGGUGGCAGCGCAACCUCUCUGGAGGAUCGACCACGUGCCAUCAGCCGCUCUGGCUCAUUUAGGGACAGCACUGAUGAAGUCCACGGCUCUUCACUGUCUUUGGUCUCCAGCACUUCGUCCCUGUACUCUGCGACGGAGGAAAAAGCACACUCAGAGGGCCAAACAGUCCAAAAUUCCACGCAAAUCAGAAAGCUGCGUCGGGAGCUGGACGCCUCUCAGGAGAAGGUUGCAACUCUGACAUCUCAGCUGGCUGCCAACGCUCACCUGGUGGCAGCCUUUGAGAAGAGUCUGAGUAACAUGACCUGCCGCCUGCAGAGCCUCACCAUGACUGCUGAGCAGAAGGAGUCUGAGUUGGCAGAGUUGAGGGAGACGAUAGAGAUGCUGAAGACCCAGAACACAGACGCCCAAACGGCUAUCCAGGUGGCGCUCAACGGCCCGGACCACCUCCACAAAGAUCUGCGGAUCAGACGGCAGCACUCUUCAGAAAGUAUGUCCAGCAUUAACAGCGCAGCCAGUCAUUCCAGUAUGGGCAGCUUAGGCAAGGAUGCCGAAGACAAAAAGAAGAAGAAGAAGAGCUGGGUGGCCGAUUCCCUCCCGGCUCAGUUACGGAGCUCCUUCAAGCAAGCGUUCAGCAAGAAGAAAACCAAAUCGCAGUCGGCCCACGAUGAGAUGGAGGAGAUGACCGACUCUCUGCCGUCGUCGCCCAAACUGCAGCACGACAACAGGCAGGGCAGUAUUGCCACGCUGCGCUCUUCACCCUCCACCACAGAGCUAUGUGAAUGCACCGAGGCUGAGGCAGAAAUCAUCCUCCAGCUGAAGAACGAGCUGAGGGAGAAAGAGCUCAAGUUGACAGAUAUCCGCCUGGAGGCACUUAGCUCUGCCCACCACCUGGACCAGAUCCGAGAGGCCAUGAACCGCAUGCAGAAUGAGAUUGAGAUGCUGAAAGCAGAAAAUGAUCGUCUGAAGUCCAGUGGCAAUGCAACGCCGACAGCCACACCUGUCAAGACAGCCCGGCCGCCCUCUGAGACCUCCAGCACCUCCUCUUCCUCCUCACGUCAGUCUUUGGGGCUGUCCCUCAAUAACCUCAACAUCACAGACACCAUCAUGUCAGAUAUUCUGCUCGAUGACGGCUACGAGGGCAAUCUCCGCAAAGAAGGCCGGAGUGUGCGAAUAGUGGUCACCAUCAGCAGCGGGCCAAAUACCACCAAGGGUACACAAAGCCAGGAGUACCUGAUUGGGUCUAUAGGUGUGAGUGGGAAAACCAAGUGGGAUGUUCUGGACGGGGUCAUUCGACGGCUCUUUAAAGAGUAUGUGUUCCGGGUGGAUCCUCUGACCAGCCUGGGUCUCAGCUCAGACAGUAUCGUCUGCUACAGGAUGGGUGAGGUGAUUCGCUCCCACACCUCCGAAGUGCCUGAGCUGCUGCCCUGUGGCUACCUGGUGGGUGACAACAACAUCAUCAAGGUCAACCUUAAAGGUGUUAAGGAGAACAGCAUAGACAGCCUCGUGUUUGACACUCUCAUCCCUAAGCCCAUCAUCCAGCGGUAUCUCAACCUGUUGAUGGAGCACCGUCGGAUCAUCCUCUCAGGACCCAGUGGCACCGGUAAAUCCUUUCUGGCUGCCAAACUGGCUGAGUACAUCAUUUCCCACAUGGGGCAGGAAGUGACUGAGCACAAUGUGGCCAGCUUCAAUGUAGACCAGAAUUCCAGCAAGGACCUGCGUCAGUACCUAUCAAAUCUGGCUGAGCAGUGUAACUCUGAGGAGACAGACACCGAGCUCCCCACUGUGGUCAUCUUGGACAACCUCCACCACAUUGGCUCCCUCAGUGACAUAUUCAACGGCUUCCUCAACUGCAAGUAUCACAAAUGCCCUUACGUUAUCGGGACCAUGAAUCAGGGCGUGUCCUCCUCUCCUAACCUUGAGCUCCAUCACAACUUCAGGUGGGUGCUGUGCACAAACCACACCGAGCCAGUCAAAGGUUUCCUGGGGCGCUUCCUGCGGCGGAAGCUGAUUGAGACGGAGAUUGAUAAGAACAUGCGCAGCAAUGACCUGAUUAAGAUCAUUGACUGGAUACCCAAGACCUGGCAGCACCUCAACGGCUUCCUGGAGGCACACAGCUCCUCCGAUGUCACCAUAGGCCCCCGUCUUUUCCUGUCUUGUCCCAUGGAUGUGGAGGGUUCUCGGAUUUGGUUCACUGACCUGUGGAACUACUCCCUGGUGCCCUACCUGCUAGAGGCUGUCAGGGAGGGACUUCAGCUGUACGGCAAACGAGCCGCAUGGGAAGAUCCGUCCAAGUGGGUGAAUGACACAUAUCCAUGGAACGCCGCCUCACUGCAGCAGGACGGCCAGUCGCUACUCCAGCUGAGACCAGAGGAUGUGGGAUAUGACGGAUACAGCUCGUCCAAGGAGGGGGCCUCAUCCAAGCAAGUGUCUCAGAGUGACACCGAGGGAGACCCACUGAUGAACAUGCUGCUACGGCUGCAGGAGGCAGCGAACUACUCCAGCACGCAGAGCUGCGACAGCGACAGCACCAGUCACCAUGACGACCAGCUGGACUCCUCACUGGAGUCGGCGCUAUGAGAGCGAGAGCUGCGCUGACGAGCUCCCUUAGACCACCUGGACCUCCCAGAACCUGGGAACCGCUCCCCAUCACUACCAGACACCCCUAUAGUUGUCAGACAGAUGAUAUAUGAAAGGUUUUAUUAUCCAAAAUGAUUUACCCAACAUUUGAGAGAAAAAAAAAAGCCUAUUUUUACAUAAUUAUGGUGCAAUAUUAAAUCAGAUUAUUUUAUGUCUUAUAAAGAUUUGUCACCAACUUGGUCCCGAGUGAUCAAAAUGGUAAACGACAAUACGUGUUAGAUCGUGUCGAUUUUCCUGACAUCAGAUAGUGUUAGCUGGUCAUUUUUAAUGGAUGUGUAACAUUUGAGGAAUACAACUUUUCAUAUACGUGUAGGCGGGGUGUGUCUGAGCCCGUCACACUUUGGGCUCAGCUGUGACACUUUGAAAGAAAAUGAAAGAAGCUCGACGUGAUCAAACUGGAUUUUUUUUUUGUUUUUAAACCUAGUUAUAUUUUCAGGUGUUUACAUUUAGGGGCGGGUUUUGUUGUUUGUCUUUCGUUGUUUACAGAGGUGCUUCUCACAGACACACACACACAGACACACUCUCAUAUGAAUGCACUUGCACACAGGCAGCAGGAGGAGACUCUCCUUUAAUCAAAGGCUUUUCAGCCCAUCAUUUAAUCAACAGUCCAGCCUGCCAGGGUGUCCUUGAGCAAAGCACCAUAUCUUCACCACUUCUGGUUACUCUGAUCUCUUACACUUAAGGAGGCAAGAAAGAGGAGACUACUGUAGUGUUUUCAGGUGAUGUAAUGCCCUCUGGUGGCCACAGGCUGUUUUACAUCCAGUACUUUUACACACAAAUCAUCAUGUUUCAGUAAUAUUUCGUAAUUUUAUUGUGGGCAACUAAACCACUGGUACCAUUUUUGGUGUCUUCACUUUUUCUGAACACGACGGCACCAGGUGUAGCUAAUUUUGGACAUUUGUGAGGCCUUCACAGCCAGCUCUGAUCACAGUAAUAACAUUAUUAUAACACACUAACGCCCUCUCCUGCCCCUCAGCUCAGUCGACAGUUGAGCCUCGUGGUGCUGGUCUCCUGCCCUGAACGUUCUCAGUGUCAGGCACUGCCAAGCCGCUCCUCACUUCCCCCCCCUCAUGCCAACAAUAAGCACAACGAAAGCGCAUUGUCUGUGUGUGUCAUCCAGUCUCACUGCUACUGUGAAGAAAAAAAUGGAAAAGUGCCAAUGUUUCUCUUUGAUUUGACUGCCAAAUGUAGACACAAUGCAGAGCCGACCAUGGUUGUAGACUUAGAUCAAGUUGUUCUUGGCCUUCCACACAACACAGCCUGUUGUCACUGUUUAGCUUAAAUGCACCAUGAUAAGUGCUGGCAGCGCCCUCUGUGGAUUGUAACAGGCAUAACCAGGUAUUUUGGGGCAAUCUGCAUAAAGAACCACAGGGUUUGCUGCAAUGGGGAAAUUCAGAAGGUAGACGGUCCUAAAGUUCAGUAAUAUCUAACAGAGUUAUGUUAUGUAGUAUUCUCCGGCCCUCAUUAGACCUUCUUGUUCGACAUCAGCAUCAGUCUCUAUGCGUGAAGCACCCACAAAGAAUCCAAAUUGUUGCAUCCGUAUACAAGUUAACCGGAUCAGUCAAAGAGCUGAACAGGGGAACAAUGAUAUUGGUGCUUUCUCACUGCCUUAAAUGUUCAAAGGUUUGUUUGUUUUUUUCAAGCAUCUUCUGGUGAGAAGAAGAGAUAGUCUAGAUAUGCUUCCUGCUAUGUCAAAGAUGCUGCUUGCAGUGGGAAAAACAGCCACUUCUGUUUGUUUUCCCUCCCUCUCCCUCUAAAGCACCCUUUCUUCUUUCUGACAGUUAUAUUAUAAAAGAGUGGAUGCUGUAUUUGAAUUUGACCAAUAUUGUAUAAAAGUUAAAAAAUAUAUAUAAAGGGGUUGGGGUAUUUUUUUAGUUGUUGUUUUGUGCCCAGUUGAGCUGGGCUCACUUGAACUGACAGGAGCACAACCAAACUGUUUCAGGUGUUGUUGCCUGAUGAGCAUGUCUUGAACCUUUUUAAAGGGGAUGCAUUAUGAGGAGACCUUUACCUUUAUGUAUGCGUGUAUCGGACGGAAGCCAUUUAGAAUUCUGAUUGUCCUCUUUGUUUAUCGAGUGGGUUGGUUUUGCACACUUUGAGGUUGGGUUGGGUUGUAAAUACUUAAGUCUUGCACAGUGAAUCAAAGAUGCAUUCUGCUCUGUUGAUGUUCCAAUAUGCUUAACCCGCUGAGUAAAUUAUUGUACUUUGAAAACAGAGAGAAAAAAAAAAAAGAAAUGCAAAAUUCAACACGCUGUCAGAAACAGGUGUGUGUAUUGUGGUGAUUGGAUGUUGUGCCUAUGCAGGAGGCAUACAGUGUACAGUAAGAAGCUGUUUUUUUAACUCACUGAACUCACAAACAGAGAAGAUAAUAAAAAAAAUAAAAAAAUUAGGCACGCACUUCAGUAUUCCUCAUCCUGCCAUAAUAUUCUCUGGAUCCUAGGAAUGCCAGUUGCUCAUUAGAAACACUUCCCCUCUGGACAUUUUAACCGAAGCUUACCGCCACGUUAGGUUUGCUAGCUGUCCGAGGCACCGAAGCUGAUCUGACACCGUACUGUAAACAUUUACCAACAACCAACAGGUGCUACUGGUCAAAGCCCAUCAGAGACCAAGAAGUCAUGUUGUCACAACCUCAGGACAAUCCUAUCCUCUACAAUCCUACCUGUGCUCAGCUUCACGCGUGUCUCUGCAGCCAAGCUGUUGAUGGUUCACACAUUCUUCUGGCCAGCCUUGUGUCUGCAAGGGGGUGUAGUUGCAUGCUAAGGGGGUAGUUGCUCCUUACCUAGACUUACACCCAUGUAUGAAACCUAUCUACACUCCUAUUAAACAGUGUACACCAUGGUGAAAUUUUUCCCCACUUAACACUUUGCAGUUACAUCUCAGUUGAAAACCAUAGCAUUUACUCUGGUUUGAGACAAAGUUUUCUUCUUUUUGGGUGAAACAUUUGUCCUUAAAUGUUUUAUAUUUUGUACAUUUGUAUGUAACAUAUCAUGUAAAUAGACAGAGACAGUGAUUUAACUCAUCUGGAGGAUUUUGUAGUCUUUGUAAAGCCCUAAUAAAUGGUAUUUGGUGUCACACAGGCAAA